AUGUCGCAUCAGCAGCCUACCAUCGUCCCAUCAUCGGGAGUAUCAGACUCUCCUUCUGAUAACGGAAGUCUCAAUGGGAAAAGCAAAGACGAAAACGAUGGAUAUCCAAGCGACCCGGUGCCUCCGACCGCACCAGCCCUGGCUGCUCAGCAAGGGCAGCGCAUGGAAGCGGCAAUGGGAGAUGCGAUCCUACGAUUUCUGCGGAUAAGAAAGCCUCGAAGAAACGAUAUCUACGAUCUUGAUGCGCCGAGUAUCUGGGACUCGCCCGACAUCGAACGAUACAAAGAACUGUAUAUCCACCCGCAGUGGGAGAACUGGUUGGCCUUUGAUCCUAACUUUCGUUGGACUUGGCGUGAAGAGAAUGCUGUCCGACACAAGGUUGACUGGAAGAUCAUGGUUUGGAUGUGCAUCAUGUUUGCGGCGUUGAACAUUGACAGGAACAACAUUCAAAACGCUGUAUCGGAUAACAUGCUUGAUGACUUGGGCAUUACACACGCCGACUACAAUAUUGGACAAACCAUUUCUCGAGUCGGCUUCCUUGUUGCUGAGUUACCAUCGCAGCUGAUCUCAAAGCGAAUUGGACCAGAUAUGUGGAUUCCCAUCCAGCUUUGUAUCUUCAGUCUUAUCUCAGCGAUGCAGUUCUUCCUGAAGGGCCGCGCAUCAUUCCUUGCUACAAGAUAUCUCAUAACAGCGACACGAUUCUCUACCUCAGCUACUGGUAUACUGGCACAAGAGUACGUCUGGAUACCAUGGAACCACGAGAAGGCUUACUGA